AUGCUGAGCAUUGCAGAAGGCAGGUCGCCUUCCCAAGACAGCAAGGCUCCAUCACGCUUGAAAGUGGCCCAAGCCCUGGAUGCGGCAGCACCACAUGUUGUGACCUCCCAGGGAGAUGGCUGGGCCGCUGGGCCGCUGCGUCUUUAUUUCAGGUGCCACGCCCCUCCUUGCAAAAUGAUUCCAAAUGCCGAAAUCCAAAACUUAGCCUGGGCUCUUGACAUUCAGUUGAUAUCACCAGUGGUCAAAGCUGGCCACAGCUGGAAUGCUUCCUGUGGACGGGGAUCUCCGCUGCACCUCUCCACCACCUAA